CACCCAGAGUCAAAGUCAUCAGGUGUUAGGUGAGUCAAAUCAAUGCAUAUUGUGACACAAGGGGCCCAUGGGUCUAGGUAACAAGAAGUCAGUCAGAGGAGGAUCAGGGGAAAUGUUCAGGAGAAAGAAAACGCCUAAGGGCAAUGGAGCAAGAGGGAGGAAUCCAAGAGGAGGUCCCAGAAACAGAUGCUGAGGAGAACAUCCGGGAGCUUAAUGGAACAUUUUGGGAACAGGUCACAGAGCUGGAGGAAAGAGAUCGAGAUGGUAUUGUAGAGAAGACAGAAACACCACAAGAUGAAGCUACAGAUGGAAUAUUUCAACAGGAGAUCUCAGUGGAAAUGGGAAGGGAUCCUGAGUUUGUCAUGGGGGUGGCUGGAGGAGCCAGGCCAAAGAUCAAAGAGCAAGUUCAAGGAGCACAGGAAGCUGUUCUGGAGCAGGCUGCAGAAACCUUGACCAGGAACCCUGAACCCAUCAUAGCAGGCCAAAAUGUGUUCAAAGGGUGGACUUCAGGAACCCAAAAGAAGAUCUUGAUACAGGUUGGAAGAUCCUGGGAGGAGAUUACAGAACAAGUUGGGAGAACUCAUGGGAGGCUGACUGAUCAGGACAGCGAAGGCCAAGAAGCAGGCCUCAAACUCGUCAGAGACCUGUUGUCAGUUGUUUCCAGCUCUGACCUUCCUCAUGAGGAAAAGCUGGAGCUGGAGUUUGUGACCCUUCAGUUUAUGAUGGGGGGCAACGUGCACUUGCUUGGGGAACUGCAAAGCCAGGCAGUGGUGGAGGAGUUCCGCCAAGAAGUCUUUGCCAACUUCCCUAUACCAGCUUUUCAUGUGACUAGCUCAGUGAUCUGCUGUGAUCAAGCAAGCAGCCAAAGGCCCGAGAGGCCCCAGCCAGCUCACGAAAACGGCUGUUUGAGGCAACAGGAAAGAAUAUAUUCCCAGCUAAUCUUCUUCCUGUGCAGAGCCCCUUUCUUAAAAUCUUGGGACCAACUGGAUCGCCUGGCUGAAAUGCUACACAAGCUGAAGACCUGUAUCUACUACACACCAGUGGCCCUGGUUGGGGUGGUCGUACAGAUGGAUCCGGACCCGAGCCUGGACCCAGAACAGGAGGCCCGGGCGAGGCGGUGGCUGAGGUGCCUGCUAGAUGGGUUCUUCUGCUCUGACUUACUGGUAGAUCAAGAUGGGACUGAGCCAGAAGUUCAGGUUCAGGUAGCCGUCUAUCAGUCAGGCCAGCCUGAGAGGGCCUUAGAGGUCAAGAGGGCAGCAUGCCAGGCCAUACGAGCAGCUCUGAAGUUCUGAAUGGGCACUGUUGAGGACCACUCUAUGAUUGCAUCAGCUCCAGUAACACUCAAGAUCUCAUUCAUCACUGGAACAUCAUUUAAAAUUCAGAUUACUCCCUCCACAUUUUGUGUGUGCACCUUUGAAUUUUGGCAUUAUUUACAUCAGACAUGUAAAUACCUAGUUACCUGAUCACCCCAAUCAAUGGAUAAACUUAACCUGGGCAACAAGAUGAUUGGAUAAAUUGCUGACAUUUUAGGGUUUG